GUUACCUUCCCAUGGAUAAGCGAAAGAUGCCGACGAAGCAACCAACCUCCGAAGAGUUCAACAAAGCCGCCUUCAAGCUUCUUGCGAAUCCCCACAUCAAACCGACGGUGGAGUUCAUCACCGCCCUCACAAAGCAACGGAAGAAUCAAGAAGAUAUCAAGUUCUUCCGUUUUUGCGUUGCCAAUUACCCGGGAUGCUUCUCCGUCAAGCUCAUGCGUGUCUACGCCUCGAAAGAGCCACGUGUCUCUUACGAGAUUAGAGAGAGUGCGAUGAGGUUUCUCUACCUUAUCUUCAUCAUAGAAGAAGCUUCUAUGGAUUUUGAAGUGGCUCACGUAUUCUCGACUUUACUCAUAUCUUGCCUUGAAGAACAAGUUAUAUCGGAAACCAGUUUCAAGAUUCUUUCCAUGCUCGUGAACCGUGUCGCUUUCGAGAUAUUCAACAUUCAAGAAAAAACGUGGCAUGGCCUGUGUGAGUUUAUCUCGUCUAAAGCGGAACCAGAGUUUGCGAAAGCGGUUUUCGUGUUCAAGAGCUUGUCGAUGCCUUUGGAUGAAGAAGAGUUUCUGAUUCCUCUCAUGGAGAAUCUUCUUCCAGCGAUCUUGAAACGUUUAGGUGACAACGAGGAAGAGAGUUCGAGCCAGUGGGGUUUAGCGUUUGUGGGUGGUUUUUGUGCGGCGGUUCACUUGUUGGAGACGACACGUGUUGCUUUGGUGGAGAAACUUGCUAAUGAGAUGUUGAAAUCGGUGAACAGAAGAAUGGAAUUAGGGUUUCUUUUGAAAACUCUUAGGGAUGUUGAAGUCGCUAUAAUGGAACAGUUAUGGUGGUAUUGUUCUACUGAGUUUAGAUUCGUUUUGGGUUUAAUUCGGAGGAUUGAUGCCAUUAUCACUGAGAAGACAGCGAAGAAUGUGUUGGAGAGGAUUAAGAAGGUUGUGAAGAAGAAGAUGCAUGAAUAUGUUGGAGAGAUUGAUAAUGGUGACGAAGAUUGGCUUAAUCAGCGCCAUUGAGUUUGGUUGCUUCCUGCCCAAGUAAACAAAUUCUAGGGGAAUGU